AUGGGAUGUGACGUUCUGACGUUCCCUCACACGUUAGCCGAAAGGUACAUCAAUUACACGGCUCUGGAGCAAGGUUCCGCUGCGGUGAAGGCUACUGAUUUCAAGAAUACUAAGUACAAAGAUCUAAACGGCAAUACGAGAGUUUUCGUUCCGAUCUGUGUGGAAACAUUUGGCCCAGUUGAUAAGCAAACACAAUUAUUUUUUGAUAACAUAUGUACUAAAAUAGUUGAAAAAUCCGAUGAUCCCAAUGAUAAAGUUUAUAUAAAGCACCCGGACGGAUGCACACUAAUACCUUGGAGAGCCGGCAGAUGUUUGGCGUGGGAUGUUACGGUCCCUGGCACCCUCGCCGAACGAUACGUAAACCCGACAAGUAAAGAAUGCGGUUUGGCCGCGGCCAGGGCAGCGGACGAGAAAAUGAAAAAAUAUGGGAACGCCCUCCCCUCGAUGGAAUUCUUGCCAAUAUGUAUCGAGGUUCUCGGCCCGAUGGACCCCAACACCCUUAAAUUUCUUAAGGCAAUAUGUAAAAUGAUCAGCGUCAGAUCAGGCGACAGCAGGGAACUGUUUUUUGCAACUAACCACAUUUCGUGCUUGUUGUUAAAGUGUUAA